AUGAUCGGCCAGAGGACGCUGCACUGCUUCUUCAGCCCCGCGCCGCCCAAGAAGCGCGCCCGGUCCCCGGAGCCGGGAGGAGAUGCUGAGGAAACCUCUCCGCACGCCGAGAUGAGCCAAUGGGGAGGAGCGGGCGCUUUCCCGCCGGCCAAUAGCGAGCGGGAGCUUUUUGGCUCGCGCCUGUGGGCGGGGCGCGCGCGGCUCGGCGGCCAAUGGGCGCGCGCUCGGGGUUUUGCCGCGAACGCUCCGCGUGCGGCGGCGCCGCCCCGGGGCGGGGCCUGUCCGGCCAUGGUGGCGCUGAUUUCGCUGCUGCGGCCGCGCCCGCUGCUCUCCCACAUCCCCCGCGCCCGCUGCUUCCAGGUGAGCGCCGCCAAGAAGGCCAAGGGAGAUGAGGCGGGCGCGGCGCCGUCGCUGUCGCUGAGCGAGGAGCAGCAGGAGCGCAUCCGCAAGAACAAGGAGGCGGCGCGGCGGCUGCUGGCGCAGCGGAACGUGCCCCCGGGCUUCGCGGACAGCUGGCGGCGGCAGCUGGCAGGGGAGUUCUCCAAGCCGUACUUCGUGGACCUCAUGGCGUUCGUGGCCGAGGAGAGGAAGCGCUACACGGUGUAUCCGCCCCCCGAGCAGGUCUUCACCUGGACGCAGAUGUGCGACAUCUGGGAUGUGAAGGUUGUAAUUCUGGGACAAGAUCCAUACCAUGGCCCUAACCAAGCUCAUGGGCUCUGCUUCAGUGUCCAGAAACCUGUUCCACCUCCCCCCAGUUUGGAAAAUAUUUACAGGGAGCUCUCUACAGACAUCGAGGGCUUCACUCAUCCUGGCCAUGGGGAUCUGACAGGCUGGGCCAAGCAAGGAGUGCUCCUGCUCAAUGCUGUGCUCACUGUGAGGGCUCACCAGGCCACGUCCCACAGGGAGCGGGGCUGGGAGCAGUUCACGGACGUCGUGGUGUCCUGGCUCAACAAGAACCUGAACGGGCUCGUGUUCAUGCUGUGGGGAGCCUAUGCCCAGAGGAAGGGCAGCUCCAUCGACAGGAAGCGCCACCAUGUCCUGCAGACGGUUCAUCCCUCGCCCCUCUCAGCCAACAGAGGGUUUUUCGGCUGCCAGCACUUCUCCAAGACAAAUGAAUUCCUCAAGAAAUCUGGGAAGAAGCCCAUCGACUGGAAAGCACUCUGAACCACCUCCUGGGUGUCAGGAUUUGGGUGCAGCCCCUGUGUCAGGGGUUGGCUCAUUUCUGACAAACUUCUGCUGACCUGAGAAUUGUUCUUUGGGUGUUGAUCAAUGAACAAAUGCCUAAACUUUCAUUUUAUAUAUAUAUUCUAAAAUGUUUAUUUUUCAAGAGCAUGUUGGAGUCUUCGAUGGACAACUCUGCUCUUGGAGCUGGUCUCAGCUUCAUUUGGAGCAAAAAAAUCUCUAUAAACACCAGACUUCUUUGUCAAUUUGUGGUUGUUGUAAUGGGAAUAUUUUUUCAGGCUCUGGUGAAGGGAUGUCAGUUCUUACAGGUGAAGCUGCUCAACUUUUGUACGUGCCUGGCUGCCUCCUGCCUCUUUGUCUCCUCCCAGGCAGAUCCAGGUUUCCUAUUUGGGCAUUUGGAGCUGACUCCCUGGGAGGAAAAGAAAGAUGCUCUUGGUUUUAGCUUUUUUUUUUACAGAUUUAUUACAAAAAUGGCCUCUUGGGGCUGUAAAGACAAUACACUGUCAGGAGUGUUACUUGGUGUAUCCAUGCUAUAAAGAUUUUGGGAUAAAUCCUCCCAGCAGCCAAGGGAAGGCUGUGACCAAGGCUCUGGUCAUGCUUUUGAGUUUUUUGUUGGCAUCUAGAGAGGAAAACCGGUUUUUAGGUUCUUCCUUGGUGUGCAGAUCACCUGGAUGAUGGUGAGCUGUGCUGACCAUGAACCUGGGGGUACCUGCUGAUGGCAGCAGCAAAGGUUUGUUCAUCAACAUCUCCCAGCUGAUGGGCUGAUAGUUUCAAAUUAUUUCAGAUAUUUCAAAGUCUUAAAGGGAACUUUGUGUUUUGCCACCUUAGGAGCAAAUUAAAGUUUCCACUACUGGUAGCAAUAACUACUGGGACUUCCAGGAUGAAGUGUUGGACUUCACAGUCCUGGGUUUCCAGCCUCGUCUUUGACUUUGUAGUUCCUUUAAUGGAAGUGAAGUGCCCUUUUUGUUUGGAAAUUACAAUAGUUUUUAUAGAGUGUCCCUGUAAACCUUAUUUUGGUAUUUGCUCUGAGCUAACACUAUCAGUGGUGAAGUUUACCCUGUCUGUGGCCUUGCUGUAUAUUUUGUUUGCUUGUUUUUUUUCACCAGUUUGUUUUUUUUUAAAUAAAAAUGACGUUGUUUA